AUGCCUCGCAAGAGAAAAAGCAAUUUGGGUAGAAAAACAAAUAAUGCCAAGAGACAAAAAUUGUGUGUAUCCACGGAAUCAGUUGAUUAUGAUGAUUCGGACUCUGAUGAUGGUGUACAUAGCAAUAAUGAGUCGACAAUUUUAAGUUCCGUUGUGGUUGAAGAUUAUGCACGACCUUCAACCAGUCGAGAGCGUGUCGCCCUAUUUAGGUCUCAGCAGAAUGAAAAAGAACGUGAAAGCAGGCGAGACACUGAACGUUUAAGAUUUAGCCAAAGAAUACAAAAUGAGACGGAAGAGGAGCGAGAAGCUCGACGGAACAGGGACCGAAUACGGCACGUCCAGAGAAAAGAAAAUGAGACAGAAGAGGAGCGAGAUGCACGUCGGUGCAGCAACCGAAUACAGCAAGUUCAGAAGAGGGGAAACGAGACAGAGGUUGAGCGAGAAGCACGUCGGAACAGUGACCGAAUACUACACGUUCGGGGGAGGGAAAACGAAACAGAGGAGGAGCAAGAAGCACGUCGGGAGAGUGACCGAAUACUACAUGUUCAGAGGAGGGAAAACGAGACAGAUGAGAAGCGAGAAGCACGUCGGAACAGUGACCGAAUAAUACACGUAAGGAAGAGGGAAAAUGAAACAGAGGAGGAGCAAGAAGCACGUCGGGAGAGUGACCGAAAACUACAUGUUCAGAGGAGGGAAAACGAGACAGAUGAGGAGCGAGAAGCACGUCGGAACAGUGACCGAAUACGACACGUACGGAAGAGGGAAAACGAAACAGAGGAGGAGCAAGAAGCACGUCGGAACAAUGACCGAAUAUUACACGUCCAGAGAAGGGAAAACGAAACAGAGGAGGAGCAAGAAGCACGUCGGGAGAGUGACCGAAUACUACAUGUUCAAAGGAGGGAAAACGAGACAGUGGAGGAGGGAGGAGCACGUCGAAACAGUGACCGAAUCCUACACGUUCGCAGGAGGGAAAAUGAAACAAGAGAAGAGAGAGAAAGUAGGCAAGAACGAGAUAGAGUUCGGCAAAACCAACGUAGGAAUAAUGAAACUCCUGAAGAGCGGGAAGCUAGACAUAUAAUCGACAAUGAUAGGUACCGUCGCACUGUUGAAGAGCAAACUCUACUUUUGCAUGACGAGGCGACCCGAGUGGAGGAACUUCGAGCAAGCCAGGACAUUGCUGACAGAAAUGCCCGUGUUGCCGCUGAUUCUGAAAGACAUAGGGUGAACAGAGUCGUUGAGAGCGACGCAGAAAGACAAACUAGGAUCGCGCGGGAAAGAACUCGGCAUGUCGAAAGAAAUUUAACAGAAUGGCGAGACACACACAACAGUGGAUUCCAAUAUGAUCCUUUUACACGUUACAGUGAAGCUGCCAAUAUUGGAGAUUUUGAUAAAGUUUGUAGGUUUUGUCACGCUUUGAGUUGGUCAAAGGAACCACGUGGAAUAUGUUGUGCUUCUGGUAAAGUGUCCAUACCGUCUAUUUUGGAAGCACCUGAGCCGCUACGUACAUGGAUAUCGGACGAAUCACCUCAAUCGCGAAAUUUUCUUAGACAUAUCAGGGCCUACAAUAGUGCGUUCCAAAUGACUUCUUUUGGAGGUAAUGAAAUCCGUGAAGGACCAUAUAUGCCUACAUUUAAGGUUCAAGGACAAGUGUACCAUUUGAUCGGCUCUCUUUUGCCACCCCCUGGACUUCCGCCGUCUUACCUUCAGAUUUACUUUGUUGGGGAUGACCAAGUCCAGCUUCAAAGAAGGCAAAGUUUAUUUCAAGACCUUGAUCAUGACAUGUUGGCCGCUUUGCAAAACAUGCUUCAGAAUAAUAACGCCUACUUGCUCAGCUUCAAAACUACUUUAGAAACAUUUCCUGUAGAUUCACCUGAUUUCAAAAUUGUUAUUAGAGCCGACAGACGCCCUGCAGGGGACCACCCAGGUAGAUACAAUGAACCAACAGUCAAUGAGGUUGCUAUUUUGAUGAUUGGGGAUCCAAGUGACCAUCGAGACAUCAUUUUAAAUUCAAGAGAACAGGGUUUGAAACGAAUAUAUGAAACCCACCGAUCUUAUGAUGCCCUACAAUAUCCCCUUAUGUUUUGUAGAGGCGAAGAUGGAUAUAGUUUCAAUUUAUAUCAUGUAAACCCGGUUACUAAACAACCAACCACAAAGAAAACUAGCUCACGAGAGUUUUACGCCUAUCGCAUUAUGGUUAGAGAAGGUGAAGCAAAUCACAUUCAUAAAUUCAAACAGCUUUUGAACCAGUACUUGGUGGACAUGUACGCUAAAGUUGAGAGUGAAAGGCUGCUGUAUCUUCGUACGCACCAAAAGGAACUGAGAGCAGAGAAUUACAUACACCUUCAAGACGCUUUAAGACGAGACGACAACGUAGAAGAAAUGGGGCAAAAGAUAAUUUUACCUGCCACCUUCACUGGAGGUCCUAGAUAUAUGCAUUCUCGCACACAGGACGCCUUUUGCUAUGUUCGGAAGUUUGGUCGUCCAGAACUUUUCAUAACAAUGACAACAAAUCCAAAAUGGAUAGAAAUCACGAGUGUAAUUGGAGAAAGGCAGUCUGCUCACGACCGGUAUGAUGUGGUAUCACGAGUUUUUCAUUUGAAGCUUAACUGUAUGAUUGCUGUUCUUAUGAAAGGCCAGAUUUAUGGCUCAGUUCGCUGCUACAUGUACUCUGUUGAAUGGCAGAAACGUGGUCUUCCACACGCUCAUAUCCUGAUUUGGCUUGAAGAAUCCAUUCCUCCAAAUAGAAUAGAUCAAGUCAUUUCUGCAGAGCUUCCAAAUCCUGAAACUGAUCCUGAACUUGCAGAUAUAGUCAAGACUCACAUGCUGCACGGACCAUGCGGAGCUUUUAAUGUGCGACAGCGCAAGCUUCCCUGUAUGAAGGAUGGUCACUGUAGCAAAAGAUACCCUAGACCAUUUGUCAAUGAAACGGCAACAGGAGACAAUGGAUACCCAACAUACAGAAGGCGCUCCCCAGAUGAUGGAGGCCAUCAUGUCCUAAUCAGAGUAGGUAACGAUGAAAUCCCUAUGGACAACCGAUGGGUAGUACCUUACUCGCCUGUAUUGUCCUGA